AUGGUGAAAAUGUCCAGCCCUGCCGAGACUCAGCAGUGCACUGAGUCUCUGACUGCUAUUUUCCAGAAGUAUGCUGGAAAGGAGGGUAACAACAGCAUGCUCUCCAAGGCAGAGCUUCUAACCUUCAUGGACACAGAACUGUUUGCCUUCACAAAGAACCAGAAGGACACUACUAUCCUUGACCGCAUGAUGAAGAAACUGGGCCUCAAUUCUAAUGGGCAGCUAGAUUUCCAAAAAUUUCUUAAUCUUACUGGCAGCAUGGUCAAAGCUUGCUAUGACUCAUUUACAAAGUCUACCCAUUUGUGGAAGUGA